UCUCGAGACAAACCACCUGCGAUAUCUGUUUUCUAAGCAAAUGUGCUGCUUGCUUCCACGCAGAAGUGCAAAAAUGUGGCCGAAGUUUCCUUCAAUACUUUCUGCGCUAGUACUUUCAGGUUUUCUGACGACAACAACGAGCAUGUAUAGAAACAGCACGCCCUGGUUCGUGAAUCCCGGUUACAAGGACAUAGUCAUGUUUUACAACACUAGUCAGCCUAUAUGGACUGUCUUGUCAACUGAUACAAGCAAUCUAACGUGCCAAGUCGACAAAAUGUACAAUAUCACUUUUGAAUACGUCGUCUUUGAGAGGUGCUAUAAAAUACACGAGAACGUAUCUGACUUUUACUUGCUCGGACGCUUCACCAAUUGGAACACGCAACCAAACCGAUGGCCCGACAGCAGGAGGCCGCGCUAUGAUCAGAUGGUUCUCCGUUAUUUAGGUUUUUCAUUUGAAUUUGGCUCGGAUAUAUUAUUGUUCUAUUUCGGUAACUGUGGUGUGUUUAAAAUUAUCAGGGAAAAAGGAGAACGUAUGUGGCUGGAGCUUCGGGUGUGGAAUGUUACUGUGAGCGGUAUAAGUGCACUUUGCACGACAUACUUUUAUCAGCACCAAAGACACAAGCACCGCACAGUUUAUACUCCUCAGUGCCAGCACAUCAUGAAGCCUGUCUUCAACAGAAGCGCAUGGAGUUGAAGCUUCGCCAUUCUGAAACCUAAAUAAAAAAAAC